CCCAGCCUGGCGCCCGGCAGCCUUGGACGCGAUGUUCCGCCGGAGCUUUAACCGUUUUGCAUCACAGUUAUCCAGGAGAUAUGAUUUGUUCCAUGGCAGCGGCCGGCUGGGAAAGAUGGAAUGUGCUGGAGAAGAGAAACGAGUUGGUACACGCACUGUGUUCGUUGGCAAUCAUCCAGUUUCAGAAACAGAAGCUUAUAUUGCACAAAGAUUUUGUGAUAAUAGAAUAGUCUCAUCUAAGUAUACGGUUUGGAAUUUCCUUCCAAAGAAUCUGUUUGAACAGUUUAGGAGAAUUGCAAAUUUUUAUUUUCUCAUCAUUUUCCUUGUACAGGUCACAGUAGACACACCAACCAGCCCAGUUACCAGUGGACUUCCACUUUUCUUUGUUAUAACUGUUACAGCCAUCAAGCAGGGAUAUGAGGAUUGGCUGAGGCAUAGAGCUGACAAUGAAGUCAACAAGAGUACUGUCUACAUCAUUGAAAAUGCAAAACGAGUGAGAAAAGAAAGUGAAAAAAUCAAGGUCGGCAACGUAGUAGAAGUUCAGGCAGAUGAAACCUUUCCCUGUGAUCUUAUUCUUUUAUCAUCAUGCACCCAUGACGGUACCUGCUAUGUCACUACAGCCAGUCUUGAUGGAGAAUCUAAUUGCAAGACACAUUAUGCAGUACGUGAUACUAUUGCACUAUGUACAGCUGAAUCCAUUGAUACCCUCAGAGCAGCAAUUGAAUGUGAACAGCCUCAACCUGACCUCUACAAGUUUGUUGGGCGAAUCAAUAUCUAUAGUAAUAGUCUUGAGGCUGUUGCCAGGUCUUUGGGACCUGAAAAUCUCUUGCUGAAAGGAGCCACACUAAAAAAUACCAAGAAGAUAUAUGGAGUUGCUGUUUACACUGGGAUGGAAACCAAAAUGGCUUUGAACUACCAGGGGAAAUCUCAGAAACGUUCUGCUGUCGAAAAAUCCAUCAAUGCCUUCCUGAUUGUGUAUUUAUUUAUCUUACUGACCAAAGCUGCAGUAUGCACUACUCUAAAGUAUGUUUGGCAAAGUACCCCAUAUAAUGAUGAACCUUGGUAUAACCAAAAGACCCAGAAAGAGCGGGAGACUUUAAAGGUUUUGAAAAUGUUCACUGACUUCUUAUCAUUUAUGGUUCUCUUCAACUUUAUUAUUCCGGUCUCCAUGUAUGUCACAGUAGAAAUGCAGAAAUUCUUGGGUUCUUUCUUCAUUUCAUGGGAUAAGGACUUUUAUGAUGAAGAAAUUAAGGAAGGAGCCCUGGUUAACACAUCUGACCUUAAUGAAGAACUUGGCCAGGUGGAUUAUGUAUUUACAGAUAAGACAGGAACACUCACUGAAAACAGCAUGGAAUUCAUUGAAUGCUGCAUAGAUGGGCACAAGUAUAAAGAUGUAACUCAGGAAGUUGAUGGACUCUCUCAAACUGAUGGGCCCUUAACAUAUUUUGACAGAGCAGAUAAGAAUCGAGAAGAGCUCUUUCUGCGCGCCUUGUGUUUAUGUCACACUGUGGAAAUUAAAGCAAAUGAUGCUGUUGAUGGAGCUACAGAAUUAGCUGAAUUAACCUAUAUCUCUUCUUCACCAGAUGAAAUAGCUUUGGUGAAGGGAGCUAAAAAGUAUGGAUUCACAUUUUUAGGAAUUCAGAAUGGCCAUAUGAGAGUAGAGAACCAAAGAAAAGAAAUAGAAGAGUAUGAACUUCUUCACACCUUAAACUUUGAUGCCCUCCGCCGACGUAUGAGUGUAAUUGUAAAGACACAAACAGGGGACAUACUGCUCUUUUGUAAAGGGGCAGACUCCGCUGUUUUUCCCAGGGUACAAAAUAAUGAAAUAGAGUUAACCAAAGCUCACGUGGAACGCAAUGCAAUGGAUGGGUAUCGGACACUUUGUGUAGCCUUCAAAGAAGUUGCUCCAGAUGAUUAUGAAAAGAUUAACAGACAGCUCAUAGAGGCAAAAAUGGCCUUGCAAGACAGAGAAGAGAAAAUGGAAAAGGUUUUUGAUGAUAUUGAGAUGAACAUGAAUUUAAUUGGCGCUACUGCAGUGGAAGACAAGCUACAAGAUCAAGCUGCUGAGACCAUUGAAGCCCUGCAUUCAGCAGGCCUGAAAGUCUGGGUGCUUACCGGGGAUAAGAUGGAGACAGCCAAAUCCACAUGCUAUGCCUGCCGCCUUUUCCAAAACAACACUGAGCUCUUGGAACUGACCACAAAAACCAUCGAAGAAUGUGGAAGAAAAGAAGAUCGAUUACAUGAACUGUUGAUAGAAUAUCGUAAGAAGCUGCUGCACGAAUUUCCUAAGAGUACCAGAAGCCUUAAGAAAGCCUGGACAGAACAUCAGGAAUAUGGAUUAAUCAUCGAUGGCUCCACAUUGUCACUCAUACUAAAUUCUAGUCAAGAUACUGGCUCAAACAAUUAUAAAAGCAUUUUCCUACAAAUUUGUAUGAAGUGUACUGCAGUCCUCUGCUGUCGGAUGGCACCAUUACAGAAAGCCCAGAUUGUCAGAAUGGUGAAGAAUUUAAAAGGCAGCCCAAUAACACUGUCGAUAGGUGAUGGUGCCAAUGAUGUUAGUAUGAUCUUGGAAUCCCAUGUGGGAAUAGGUAUUAAAGGCAAAGAAGGUCGCCAAGCAGCCAGGAAUAGUGAUUAUUCUGUUCCAAAGUUUAAACAUUUGAAGAAACUGCUGUUGGCUCAUGGACAUCUGUAUUAUGUGAGAAUAGCACACCUCGUACAAUAUUUCUUCUAUAAGAACCUUUGUUUCAUUUUACCACAAUUUUUGUACCAGUUCUUCUGUGGAUUCUCACAACAGCCACUGUAUGAUGCUGCUUACCUUACGAUGUACAACAUCUGCUUCACGUCCCUGCCCAUCUUGGCCUACAGCCUCCUGGAACAGCACAUCAACAUUGAUGCUCUGACCUCAGACCCCUGCUUAUAUAUGAAAAUUUCUGGCAAUGCCAUGCUACAGUUGGGUCCCUUCUUAUACUGGACAUUUCUGGCUGCCUUUGAAGGGACAGUGUUCUUCUUUGGGACUUAUUUUCUUUUUCAGACUUCAUCUCUAGAAGAAAAUGGAAAGGUGUAUGGAAACUGGACUUUUGGAACCAUUGUUUUUACAGUCUUAAUAUUCACUGUAACACUGAAGCUUGCCUUGGACACACGAUUCUGGACAUGGAUAAAUCACUUUGUGAUUUGGGGUUCCUUAGCCUUUUAUGUAUUUUUCUCAUUCUUCUGGGGAGGAAUUAUUUGGCCUUUUCUCAAACAGCAAAGAAUGUAUUUCGUAUUUGCUCAAAUGCUGUCUUCUGUAUCCACGUGGUUGGCCAUAGUUCUUCUAAUAUUUAUCAGCCUUUUCCCUGAGAUUCUCCUGAUAGUAUUAAAGAAUGUAAGAAGAAGAAGUGCCAGGAGAAAUCUGAGCUGUAAAAGGGCAUCUGACUCAUUAUCCGCCAGACCUUCAGUCAGACCUCUUCUUUUACGAACAUUCUCAGACGAAUCUAAUAUAUUGUAACAGAAUCCGAAUCUUGAGCUGCCUAUGUUAUUGUCCUACAAGCAUAUUGACAAUGGUUACAGCUAAAAGAAAGCAUGAAGAACCAAUAACACAAAUUUAUCAUCUCAGGAUACUUGAUAUGCAACAAACUAAACCACUCUCUCAUGUCUAGGUUUCAGGAUAAAUGUCCAUUAAAAUACCAAAUGACUCUCUUAAGCAUUUACAGUUAUUGUAAGCAGCCAUUGUGACUGAAGUUCUAAAGUUAAGAAUUAUGCAAAAGUUGAAAUCAAGAAUACUUAGAGUUCUGGCUAUAGAUAGAAAAAUAUAACCACCAAAUGGGUGCUCUUUUAACCCAUGAACUCUGCAAAUGGACGUAAAUACAGUAGUAUAAUGUAGAAGUCAUGCAACAGGAAUGAAUAGAUUUUGCUAAUAUUACUUUUGUUUGCCUGGCAGAAGAUAUAGAUUGUUUGGAUCACACUUGUUUCUGCUGAAUGAUAAUCUUAAAUACUUUUUUUCAAACAUAUGAAAGGAAUACUUGAAAAUACAGGAGAACUAAAUGGUAUCACUGCAUCAGAUAGAAUAAUCCUUCUUGUUCACAUACAUGCAAAUGGUUUCUUGGUAGGAUAUCCUUGCCCCAAAACAAACAAACAAACAAACAAAAAACUUGAGUGCUUAUGUGGGAAAAACAUUAACCCCAGAUGUUUUGUGGGCACGGAAAUUUUAUUUAUUUAUUUUUUGUUCUUGUACAUUAAACCCCACUGAUGGGAGUCUGAUCAACUUGAAAGCAAAGCAUAAAACAUUUCACUUAAUAACCCUCAUAAUAGUUAGGAAAUAACCUGUUUUUUUUCUUAUGUCCAUUUUACUGGGAUCUGAGUUACAGUGGGUAAAACUGAAUCUGUAGUUAGACAAAAUUAAAAGCCAUUUUGAGCACCAGUCUUUAUAAUUUUAUGUUGAGAGGUAGGAAGAAAAAUAUUAUUUUAAACUGUUACAGUUUUUUUUAUUUGAAAGGGGCCAUAUUUGUGCAUAUAUAGAGCACUUUCUUUUUUUUUAAUUUGCCAAUUUGGGAAGGAGGGAUCAAUCCCAAGAGGACAGCUCAACCUGUCCAGUUAUGGCUCUUUCGACAUGAAUAGUCUCCCUUGACUAACUUGGCCAAGGUCAUGGUCUAAUUCUAAACCAUGAGAUUCACCUUGAUAAGGUCCUUGAUUUGCUGUUUCAAAAGGAGGUUUUAGCCUGCUAAUGAGUUCACUUCAAACACAAAAGUAAAUGUGAAAUAUCUUCAUUCAUUGUUAACAUUGAACACACGGUUUUGGAUAUAAAUGACUAUAUUUGGCUGCUAGAUUGAAAUGGUCUUUUUAAAGAAAUAUGCUUUCAUAUCAGUUCCCAAUUUUGUUUGUCUUUCUGGCAUGCCUGUAUGGUUACUAGUGUUUAUUUUGUACCUUGAUUUGGAAAAGGAUUGGAUUCAUUCUGUAUUAAUACAUUUAUAUGGACCAUAUGGCACGUUUGAUUCUUACAUACUCAUUUUGUGUUAAUGUUUAGGUGUAAAUUUUCUUAAAUUCCAGAAAUGACAUAAUUUCAGUUAUCAGAAGCCGUUCCAUCAUUACUGACCCUUUUUCAUUAUUUCAUUUGUUCUCAUCUAUCAGUGUUAGUUUUUGAGUAUUUUGUUAGGUGCUGUUCACAGCUUACCUAAAUGUGCUAUAUUAUGGUAGCAUGUAUUUGAGGUAAUCUGCUAAAACAAAGUCUUUAUGUAGCCUUUGCCUAUUCCAAAGAGCUAAGAAUCAGACCCAGGAAAGCUUUUGAUGGUUUUUUGUCAUUCUUGUUCUUCUGGUUGUUGUUGCUAUAUUGUUAUUGUUUUAUGUAAGAAGUUUAGGGAUUGUGAACACACAGGAGAAAUGAUAGAAAGGCUUGGUUAAUGCAGAAUCACUGGUGAUUUGACAUAAUCAGAAUAGCCAGAGGAGUGGAAAUAUCCAUUGGCCACGUGUAAUUUCCUGACAGCCUCAAAGAAAACUAAUAGGAGGAGUAAGUGGAAUUUAGAGUCAUGUUUCAAGAAGUACACAUUGCACUGCAGCUCAAAUUCGGAGAGGCAGUGAUGUGUAAUACCAUGGUCUAGAUCCUUGAGAGGACCUGACUUUUCCUUGUUUUUGGAAGUUAUUUUUUCAAUGAGCUAAAAAUGACUCAUGUGCAGUUAGCAGAUGGAAUAAAUGAAAGUGAGCUGGCCAGUGUUCCUAGUACUACAAUCUAAUCACUCUAUUUUGUGACAAAGGAAAAAAACUAUAACAGGAUAGUUAUAUCCUAUAAUUGGAAAAUUUUGAACUAUCAAUGUAUCAUUGGAUAUACUGAAUGGUAAUUUAGAUAACUGAACUAUCAGUAUGGCCUUGUGAUUUUCACAACUUCAUUGUUUGAGGAUGUCGCCUACUAAACUGAAAACAUGAGUUCCAUAUCUACCACAUCUACACCAGCAACAGUAUAAAUGUAAGCCUAAAUUUGCAAAAUUUGUAAUAAUUUAGUGAUGGAAUUUUUUAAUAACAUGCAGUAUACAAAUGUGCAGAUUUUAUGCAUUAACGAAAUCAUUUUUCUGCUUGCAAAAUGGGACUGCAAUAUUACAUUUUCCAUUUCAGCGGUUUUUUACAUCUACGUUGUUGCUUUCUAUAAUGAAUGUGAAUGCCAUCUUUUAUGAAUGCAACUUGCCUUUUUUCAUGACAAAUUUUUGUUUGAUGUAAUCAAUA